UAAUAUAGUAUAUGUUAAUACAUUCAAUUUUAACAUGUCACUUCCCAUUUUUACAUAUUUGUUUUGUAUAAACCUUGUCUUUGGUCUUUCUCAUUGUCUGAAUAGUUUUGGUGAUGGUCCGCUUCCUAGGUACUUUGACUGGAGAGAUCAUGGUGCGGUGUCUCCCGUGAAGAAUCAAGGAGGUUGUGAGGCCUGCUGGGCCUUCAGUGCUGUGGCUUGUAUAGAAAGUCAUUUAAAAAUACACUUGUCCUCCGAAGAAAUACUAUCGGAGCAAUUUCUCAUUGAUUGUGCUCCCGGUAAUAUCGGCUGUAAUAGCACUAGCGUCUUAAAGACUUUCGGGACUAUAGUAAAUGAUAUCGGAGGAGUAUUGCGUGACUUAGAUUAUAAACCAUACGAGGCCAAACAGAAAAAGUGCUCCUGGGAUCCUUUAAAAAGGCCAAUUCCCGUUGUUGGUUACCGAAGAGUCAAACCAGACGAACAAAUUAUGGCAUUAUAUGUUGUGAAUGUCGGACCUCUCUCGGCUGCAAUAAACUCGGCGUCUAUGGCUAAAUACAAUGGUGGUAUAGACGAACCUACAGAUAAAUUGUGUUCACCACGACAAACAAACCACGCUAUUCUCAUUGUUGGCUUUAGUUUUUACGAGGACCCACAAAGUAAAACCUACGUUCCGUAUUGGAUAAUCAAGAAUUCGUGGGGGACGUCCUGGGGUGAUUAUGGCUACUAUUAUCUUGUGCGUGGUCGCAAUGCUUGCGGGAUCGCCACUGAUGUAUCUUACCCUUACGUCAUGUGAAAGAUGACCUUUGAAGUUGUUUAACGAAAAUAAAUAUAUUUCUUGUUAAACUA